AUGGAAAUUGGGGAUGGUAAAUUUUCUUACGGUGAAACAGGGAUAACGUUAAUUGCAACGUGUAAUUCAUUUUUCUCUUAUAUUUCAACAGAUGAAGAUAUGAACGCAGCACUAAACGUAGCGUUAAAAGCUUCUAUGGAAGAAACAUUCGAAGAAGACUUUAAAAGGGCAUUAUCCGAAAGCAUGGCAUCAUCGGGUCAAGAUAGUGACUUAAAAAAAGCAUUGUCCGAAUCGACAGAACAAGAAGAUGAAGAUUUAAAAAAGGCAUUGUCUGAAAGUGUAGAAGAGUAUGAAUUGGACAGUGACUUAGUAAAAGCAUUGUCUGAGAGUAUGGAAACAUCACAUCAUGGUGAUAACGAUUCUGCAA